AUGGUUGCUGCGUAUCGGAGAUUCUCGACGCUGAUUUGCGAUAUCGGCGAUGUUCUCUUCACCUGGUCAUCCACAACCAGGACUACCAUCUCAGCUCGGACUCUGAAAGCCAUGAUGACGUCGCCGACCUGGCGGUUGUAUGAACGUGGCCACUAUUCCCAAGGCCAAUGUUACGACCAGCUGUCCAAGGACUUCCCUCCGUACGAACCGGAGGAAAUAGGUCGUGCCAUGGACGAAGCCAGGGACAGUCUCACAUCGAAUGAUGCCAUGAUCGCCCUGCUCCGGCAACUCAAGUCUGAAUCCAAUGGCCAGCUGCGAAUAUUAGCCAUGUCGAAUAUCUCGAAGCCCGACUACAUGUUCCUUCGCACGAAGCCGGCGGACUGGGAUGUCUUCGAUACCGUCUUCACAUCCUCGGACGCAGGGGAGCGCAAGCCGAACCUGGGGUAUUACAGAUACGUUGUCGAGAAGGGUGCCAUUGAUCCCCAUUCCACCAUCUUCAUCGAUGACAAGCUCGAAAAUGUCCUGGUCGCUCGAUCAUUGGGUAUGUACGGCAUCGUCUUCGACGACCAGGAUAAAGUUAUGAGGGCUCUCCGAAACCUACUCGGUGAUCCGAUCCAAAGGGGUUGGAGCUUCAUGCGGUCGCACGCCGGCCAUCUAGAAUCUGUCACGAAUACUGGCGUUUUGGUACCCGAGACAUUUGCGCAGCUUCUCAUCCUGGAUGUGACACAAGAUCGAAAUCUGGUCGCGUUGCCCAAGGACUGCCCGCGCAGAUGGAAUUUCUUCUCUGGCAAACCAAUCCUUACAACGGAGGUAUUUCCGGACGAUCUGGACACGACGUCCUUAGGUCUGACAAUAUUCGAGACCGACGAGGCCGUAGCGCAGUCCGUAAUCGAUGAAAUGCUGGAAUACGUAACGCCGGAUGGCAUAGUACAGACGUACUUCGACCAUACGCGGCCCCGUUUCGACCCCGUAGUCUGCGUCAACGUCCUCAGCCUAUUCUAUUCGCACAAUCGCAAACAGGAACUACGAGGCACGCUUAUAUGGGUGCGGGAGGUGUUGCUCAACCGAGCGUACCUGGACGGAACGCGAUAUUAUGCGUCCGCGGAGUGUUUCCUAUACUUCCUCAGCCGCCUUCUUAGGAAGGCCGAGGACCACGAACUUAACGACCUUCUCUACAACCUUCUGAAAGAGAGAGUGCAGGAGCGUAUAGGCGUGGAGGGAGACGCGUUGGCAUUGGCCAUGCGUAUCCUCACAUGCGCGGCGGUAGGGAUCAGGGAUGACGUGGACAUGCGGACGCUCUUGCCGCUGCAAUGCGAGGAUGGUGGAUGGGAGCUGGGGUGGAUAUACAAAUACGGAUCCUCGGGCGUUAACAUCGGUAACCGAGGUCUGGCGACGGCGUUCGCCAUCAAGGCCAUUGAGGCUCUAGAGGACAUGCCGGCGUCCCCACCGACAUCCGGUACCACCACGCCUGUCAAACACGAAGAGGAGGCACCACGGCGCGUCAAGCGGAGCUCUUCGAGAAUCCGAAACCACGCAGUGCAAGCCCACUUCUAA